ACAACUCCCAGAGUGCGCCAAGGUAGCGAGCGCCCGCGGCAGUGACGAUUGUGGCGGACAAGGCCCGAAGGGACUCUGCCUUGUGGAGUGGCGCUGCUGCUUGGGCCGGUGGCAGACUGCAGGCUGCUGGCGUCGCGGCUGAGGAAAACGGGCGAGUGGGUUCGACCUUUCCCGUUGUGGUGUCCGCAACGAUGAGUGCUGCCAGGGAGUCCCAUCCUCACGGGGUGAAGCGUUCAGCCUCCCCAGACGACGAUCUUGGAUCUAGCAAUUGGGAGGCAGCAGACUUAGGUAAUGAAGAAAGAAAGCAAAAGUUCUUGAGACUUAUGGGAGCAGGAAAGAAAGAACAUACUGGUCGUCUUGUUAUAGGAGAUCACAAAUCCACAUCUCACUUCCGCACAGGGGAAGAAGACAAGAAAAUUAAUGAAGAACUGGAGUCUCAAUAUCAACAAAGUAUGGACAGUAAAUUAUCAGGAAGAUAUCGACGACAUUGUGGACUUGGCUUCAGUGAGGUAGAUGAUCAUGAUGGGGAAGGUGAUGUGGCUGGAGAUGACGAUGAUGAUGAUUCGCCUGAUCCUGAAAGUCCAGAUGACUCUGAAAGUGAUUCAGAGUCAGAGAAGGAAGAAUCUACUGAAGAGCUCCAAGCUGCUGAGCACCCUGAUGAAGUGGAGGAUUCCAAAAACAAAAAAGAUGCAAAAAGCAACUAUAAGAUGAUGUUUGUUAAAUCCAGUGGCUCAUAACUCCCAAACACUUAGUCUUUGUAUUAAAAGUAAGCCUUAUUGUUAUAAUGCACAGUGGAGGACUGCUUAUAGAGCACAGACCUUUGUAUUAUAAUUUUUAAAAAGGCCCUUUUAAAUAAUUACAAAGAGUGUUUGCUUUCAGAUGCCAUGGGUUACACUUUUAUGGGCAUGACUAUAACCAUUUUUGUAAAGAGUAAGAGUUGUAUAAAAUAAGAAAUAAAUACAAUACUCAACUUCUUUUCAUGUUAGCAUCAUCAACAAUCUCUAAUAUCACCUUUUUACCCCUUCAGAUAAAGUUAUGGGGGAAACAGUAUUUUUUGUGUGGUAGCUGUUUAUCUUUUUUUGUUUCUUCAUGUUUUUCUUUUAUAAAAGUUUUAUCUGGUACUGUGAUGUGUUCAUGGGAAAUAGUCUUUUAUUAUACUUUCUCAUAGUAGAACUAUUCAUCAUGGAUAUUUCUGCUGCCAAUAACAAUCUAAAUUAAUUCUGGCAAAAGAUUUGGAACUUAGUUUACUCUUACUGAUUCAGCUCUACUCUUUUGGACCAAAGCAACAUGAGAGCAAAUACUUUUCACACCUGUUAGGUUGGGGUUGCAGUUGUCAUGUAUUUGGAAUGCUAUGAUCCCAAGCAGUCUUUAUAUAAUUUGAAUGAUAUUGUAUGUUAGUUUUUUUUUUUUAAUAUAAAAUUGGCCAAUUUUUACAGAAGAAAAUUUUUCUCUGAUCAUUUGGUCCUAUCUAUUUAGGAAUAUGUAAAAUGGAACUUUUUUUUUUUUUUAAGGUAAUAUGUGACCAAAGUUAAUUUCCUUCCUAAUGCUUAAAUAAAGAGAAAGCAGUUUCCCAUA